UACUUUAUACUCGGUGAAAUGUGGUUUUUUUUAAAAUUUUCUUUCAUCUUUUUUCAAUUUUCCGCGAGUUGGUGCAAGUACUGUACUGUACUAAUGGGGACAUUUCCUGUUAACAUUAUUAUUAUGUUGUUGUAAUGUUGUGGCGUACUCUAAAGCGAUCAAACAUCUGGGUUUAUUAAUUUUGAUUGCAGUGUUGGACGUUUGCUGCUCGACCCGUUUUCCACAGUCAGCUGCAGUAACAUCGCCAGUAUCAUAGUAUGCAACCAUAAGUGAUAAGUUGGCAGUUUCCAGUUUCUGGGAAACCUUCACCUUAGUUGAGGUUUGAUUUGUUACGUAUUGCAGUAAGGAUCGGAAUCGAAGGCAGCAUUUUGUUCGCAUUGGUGGACUGGUGGCACAGUUCCUGAAGCGUAUAUCCUGAACCCAGUGGUUACUGGUUAAUUACACACGCUGUGACAGUUUUACCAUUUUCUUUAAAUUAUUAUUAGCCCCGUUAAAGUGGUCGAUUUGGGUGAUUGACCUUAGUUUGCGCAAGUUGGAUGUUCAAGCCAAGAGCCAGGCUCCAGACGUUGGAGAUCUGGAAACACCGAAAGUUUUGAUUAUUGAAUAUAGAUAUGUGUUUUACAAUCCUGAAACGAGAACCUCAACUUAUACUUACAUCUGUUACAUUAUAAUCUAUCCGUUAUCGUUACAAAUUGACGAAUAAAUAGUAGAGAAGUUUAAAUCGUUACUUAGCACUUGAUAAAUUUUUCAUGUGAAAUGUUGUUAAAAUCACAAAAUGUGACAAAAUGCCAGAAUUUCUGAACAGUUCUUUUCGUUGUAACUUUGACCAGUACGGCAGUACCGCUGCGAAGCACAUGGUAGCCUGUAGAAGAGAAGUUGUAUUGUUUUACAGGAUUCCGUAUGAAAAGAAUGUGCCAUUUCUCAGAUUCUUUAAGUUUGCUGAUGCUUACGAUCUUGUUUUGUAUUGAAGAUUGUAUCCAUCAAAAGUAGUGAGAAACACUCGCUAACUGCGUCGUCAGCCUGCGUGACUUGCAAAGCAGCAUGGAGAUGCUCGAGGAGCCAUUUGCGUCGCCUCCACCUCCGCGAUCGCAACGCAAAGUGCUUCGUCGCAGUGAGGAAAGUGGGGAAGCUGAUCUGUCGGAUCCCGAUCUGGAUAUCAUGCCUAACAAACGGUUAAGCUUCGAUGAGAGUGACGAUGAUUUGGUUGUAACCGAGAAUCCCGAGCCGGAGGAGCGUUGUUCGCAAGAUGUGCCUAUGGCGGACGUUAGUGGACUGCGUCAUCAGCUGGGAAGCAUGGAUAUGGAGCGAGACGAAGAGCUGACCGAGCGCAGUAUGAUCUUCUUUGCUUCGCCUGAUCCUAUCAUGGGAUCACCACCGAGCCCACUGGCAACUGUGUCUGAGCAUGAUGAAUCCGGUUUGCAUGAUAUGAGCACAUCUCCCGAUCCGAAGGUUGUUCAGUUUGUGGCCUCGAUUCCUGCUACACCGGCUCAUUUCCCAGCGGAUAAGCCGUCCAUGCCGCAUCGCCGUACAUUCGGUGAAGCUCCGAAAAGCCCUGUGAAGAGCGUCAAUCAUCGAUCCAGGUUCAGUUUGGACGCGAAAGACGAAAUGGCCGAACAGACUGGCCUGGACUCAGGCUGCAAUGUGAAUCCUUUUAAAGCAGUCGGAUGUGUGGGUGGUGACGCCGCGCAGGAGAGUCGAGGAUAUCUGCAGACGAAGCGAUCCGCUGCGACUAUGCUAGCGACUCCAGAUUUAUUACUAAAUCCUGACAUAUCGCCACCUGAAUCGGGCUACGGAUCGUGCAAGAGCAGGCCAAAAUACAUGAAAACUGAGAAAGUCCGUUUCAGCUUGGGCUCGCCUAGUUCGUCGGCUAGUAGUGUCUCUAAUUCCCUGAGCCGAUACGACAACGAUUUUAGUGAAUUAGAAGUGGUUGGAAAUGGCCAUUUUGGGGUGGUUACCAAAGUCAGGAAACGAUUGGAUGGUGUUGUUUAUGCAAUUAAACGUACAGAUGAUAAAUUGAAGCAACGAAGUUUCACCGAUAUUGUAACCGAAGUCUUUGCACUGGCUGCUCUGGAGUCGCAUCCUAACGUUCUUCGAUAUUUUUCUUCCUGGGUGGAAAACGGAUAUCUCUAUAUCCAGUCGGAAUACUGUGAUGCCGGCAGCCUCCGAACUCACAUAAAUCAAAAUAUAGCUCUUGAAAAGCGAUUCGAGGAGGAUGAAAUUAAGAGGAUUGCCCGUCAAGCCGGAAGUGGUCUGGUUUUCUUGCACGAGCAGAAACUUGUACAUCUUGAUGUCAAGCCAGAUAACAUAUUUAUGUCGUACCGGCGAAUGCAACAGUCCAGCUGUUCGCCGAACGAACCUAAGCCGAGCGACAAUGAUUCCGGCCGUUAUCUGUAUAAAAUCGGCGACUUGGGCCAUGUAAGGUCAUUUCGCAGUGGAAGCCUGGAUAAUUACAAUGACGGAGACAAGCGGUAUCUAGCACCUGAGAUUUUGCAUUGCAUGAGCGAAGCCAUAGCGGAUCCAUCCAAGGCUGAUGUUUAUUCGCUUGGCAUUACUCUAUUCGAAACGGCUCGAGUAUGUCGGACGGAGGAAACAGGCACUGAUUGGAAAUGGCUGGAUGUCGCUCAACGGAAUGGGAUGAUCCCAGGGAUAGCACACCUGAAUUUAAGUUUGAACGUUUUAUUCCAGCGCAUGACUGAUUUGAAUCCUUGUCAACGAUUAUCCAUGCAUGAAGUAUUGAAUGACGCGGCCGUGCACGCUCCGGUGGCCAAAAGCAUGUCGGAAUUGCAAAAGGAUCUGGAAGUGGCGCAUAUUGAAAAUAUGGUUCUUACGAGAGAACUGAAGGCCAGUCGGGGAAGUGGGCCUGUGUUGGGCGACUGCGGGCAGCGUCGUGGCAUCGGGGCCAUCAAGCCGAAGAUAACCCUGCUUGGUCGGACUAUCAAAAACCGAGCCUUCAGUACGCAGUUUUGAGAUUAUUGGAUAGAAUCUCGGUUGGGCUCCGAUGUUAUGCUUUCGAAUGGUCUUGGGUGAAGGCUUUAAAUGGGGAAUCCAUAAGGUAUUCAGUAUUCUUUAGUGGUCUGAACUAAGCACCUUCGAUUCGUUGACUGCAAUACUUUUUUUUUACUUAAGCACGGUAGAAAGAAUGUGGCUUGUAUUGAGCCCGUGUCUUUUGUUCUUUUAGAAUGCUCGUUACUGCACAUUUUAUUAUGAACUUAUGCAGAAUGGUACAACAUGUUUUAGUCUUUGUUAAAGACUCAUUGGCGAA